GUAAUUCGACCCUGAACGUGAACGUCAACUGGUCAGGUACUGUCCAGUCGCCGACCAGUCGGCUGUGCCCUCCUUCUCUUCUGGAAUAGCAAUUACCUCUUCGACCUGGCUCGCCCUCAGUUGCCGUGGGACACUGGCGACAGUAACUCCUGGCCAAGGACAUGUCCGUAAUGUCUCGUCCAUGACAUUGCCCGCGCGGCGAAUCCUUCAUCGACAGAAUCGUUCCCUUUUUGGUACGUGACGCGCGAAAGUUCACACCAAUAAAACAGGAUCCAGCCAGGUCACGGAAAAUGAGGUUCUCGCGGUGCCUUGGAGUGUGCGUGGCUCUACUAGUACUCCUAUCGGACCAUUGCCAGGCAGACACGUUCGCUGAGAAGGUGAAAAACUUUUUUGGAAUCUUCGGCAACAAGCCGCCGGCCGCAGUGGAAUCGCCUGCGCCAUGUUACUGCAGUUGCGGAGUACGGAACGAGGAAAGUCGGAUAGUUGGCGGUCAAACGACUCAUGUCAACGAAUUUCCAUGGAUGGCUAGGCUUUCGUACCUGAACAAAUUUUACUGUGGCGGUACUCUGAUAAACGACCGUUACGUUCUCACCGCGGCCCACUGCGUCAAAGGUCCCGUUUUCAGGUUCAUGUGGUUCAUGAUCAAGGUCACCUUCGGAGAACACGAUAGAUGCACCGAAAAGGGGGCUGAGACUAGAUAUGUGGUCCGAGUGCUGAUGGGCGAUUUCCAUUUAUUGAAUUUCGACAACGACAUCGCCCUGUUGCGACUGAACGAGAGGGUGCCCCUGAGCGACGCCAUUAGACCUAUAUGCCUGCCGUCCGUCAGAGAUAACGAAUACGUCGGCACGAAAGCAAUCGCGUCCGGCUGGGGCACCUUGCACGAGGAUGGAAAGCCUUCGUGCCUCUUGCAGGAAGUCGAGGUACCGGUCAUGAGCCUCCAGGAUUGCCGCAACACCAGCUACAGCCCCCGUAUGAUAUCCGAUAACAUGAUGUGCGCCGGAUAUCCCGAUGGCAAAAAGGACUCCUGCCAAGGUGACAGCGGAGGGCCUCUAAUAGCUGAACGCGAGGAUAAGAAGUAUGAGCUUAUAGGCGUAGUGUCCUGGGGCAACGGCUGCGCCCGGCCAGGAUAUCCAGGUGUCUACACAAGAGUCACGCGAUACAUAGACUGGAUCAUUUACCAUUCGCGGGAAGGAUGUUUCUGUGAACAUAACUGAAAUCGAUACUCGCAUGUAAACUGGGGAUCGCAAUUUUGCUGGAAUUCGUAAAGUGUUCAAUCACUGGCGCCCGUGGGAAAUUGCUUUGAAAUGAACGCAGUCGGCGAAACUGUUUUUAACCAGACUCUAAUUUUUAUUCGCUUGAGAUGUAGAAGUUGGAAGACUUUCAUUUAGGUUUCGAAGAAAUUGAAAUUUUUUAUCAGUGCUCCUUGAACGAAUUAAUUUCCUUCGAUUUUCUGGAUUAAGCUUAACAAACAAAUGGCACCGUUCGAUCAUUCGUGUGACUAAAUGCUCCGUGGAAAGUUGGAGACUUCGAUACUCAUUUCUGGCGAAACGCUGAAGAUACUCUAUUUUUUUGUGCACCUUACAUUUUACGUCACUCCUCCCGAACACGAUUAAAAUUCAUCUUUAAUAAUCAGAACGAUGAUAUUUGCUUAAUUAAAAGCAACACGAAACAAAUCCUUGAAAGACACUAUGUAAAGCUAUUACGUGAUUUGCUCAACAUAUAAUUAAGACACCUACCGUAUACUUUAAAAACUUUGCGAAGAAUCUUUGUUAAAACAAGAUAA